UUAGUUUUAAGUUUUAACCGGACCGACCUAUAAAGGCUAUAAUUACCAAGUUGUCUGACUUGUUUGCAAAGAAACCCAAAUACUCUUCUUCUUUGCAUUCGCUCGAAGGUCUUCGAAGUUCGAACACUCGUCUCUCACCGCUCUCCCGAAGUUCCACACCGGAAGCAGAACCGACGAUCCAUUACAGCAAAGAAUAAGCAUGGCUACCGAAAAGUCUGUGGUGGGAGUGAUCAGGGCAGCGAGGCCGACGUUUAGGAAUAAUCAGGACAAGAUCGCAUUCGUUGUUCACGCUUCCUUCCACGCCGCUGGUUACUUGCUCACCGCGACGGGGAUUCCCGCCUUGUCGGAAUCCGCUCUCUCUUCUACCUCCUCAGACGAGGUUGGGAUUGAUAACUGGAACGAGGUUGAUGGCGAGUAUGGGUUCGUGUAUGUGAACCCUGAGAAUUUAGGGAAGAGGGUUCUGGUUAAAUGUUUGGCGAUGAACGACCAGCUGGUGGUUAGUGCUUUGCUUGUUGAUGCGGGUUCCAAUUCCGGGGCAGACCCUGUUCAUAUGGAAAUUAGUGUUAACAACUAUGUUGGCGAGAAUGGGGCCUCGAAUUACUCUGAGCAGUUCAAGAAGUUAGAUAAGCUGAUUUCCAGUAUCAACACCGAGGUCUUGUCUAAAUUGGGUGGCUCUUCCCAUUCUGGCUCGUCAAGUGAAUCACGAAGUCAAGCAAGUGAUACAUCAAGGCAUGCUGGGAAUGAACCACGCAAUCCAUCGCACAACCCUAGCCCUCAUCCUUCUGGAGUUAUAGUCCCUCCUGUUCCUCCCUUUGGCAUGGAUGAUCUUGUUCCUGGGGCUGGUGCUGGAAUGUACCCUAGAAGGGGUGGUUUUGGUGGUGAUGGUGGCAUGCUUCUAGGGCCUAAUGACCCUAGAUGGUUUGGCGGGGAUAAUGGAGGGCUUGGUUUCCCUGGAGCACAACCAGGUGUUCCUCCUGGUGCCCGUUUUGAUCCUUAUGGCCCACCCGGAAUUCCAGAGAUCCAGCGAGGCCUGGAAGGGGAAGGGGCGUUGAUCCAGACAUUGAGCAGCCUGGCCACGGCUUUGAUUACAUCUGAUAUUGCACCGCGUUUUUGUACUCGCAUUAGCAACGACGAGACUGUGUUUCAGAAGUUGCUUAAUAAGGUUGUAUGCGAUACUAGGUCUCGUUUCGAUUGUACAUAUCGAAUUUUGGAGGCGAAUAGGCACACCAUAAUACUGAUGCAGGCUUCCCCCAAUAGAGCAACCAGAACUUUCAUGGAUUUCGGGUCUAUAUCUCAGGCCAUGGAAGGCAUUUGUGGACUAUAUGAGAGAAAGCUUAAGGAAAUCAAUCCAGCAUUGAGAAACCUCAGCUAUGACAUUGCGGAUCUCUACAAUUUUAUUGAUGGCCUUGCAGACUUGAGCGCAUUAGUCUAUGAUCACACAAUUCAGGCUUAUCUGCCAUAUGACAGGCAGUGGAUCAAACAGAAGACAUUUCAACACCUCAAGAAGUUGGCACAUUGAUUGCUGACAAUACUCUGCUGCAUCUUGUCUACUGGUGAUAUUAUUUUUAUGUAAUCUGCUAUAGCGGUCCCAUUCAGUAACUGAGUUUUCAGAGUGCACAUUGAGUGUAUACUUUUCUGCACUUUGCCACAAACUCAAAAAGUUGCGUGUUUAGAGUUUGAGAACUCUAUUCUACCAAUGCUUGCCCGACUGUAAUACCCUGGCUGUGACCUCUCAUUGUGCAUAUAGAAUUUGAUUUAGACGAAUUUGGCAGUUCUCCUCUGCA